AUGGCCAGUUCACCCGCUGGCUCGUCGCAUAACUCCAUAUCGUUCACACCACUCUCCUUACCGCGGCCACCAACACCAUCGCUUCCAACUACGGAGGAUGCCACGGUCGAAUCUGGGCUGUUACCCGAGCAGCAGCAGCAACAACAGCAACGACAAAGAGCAUGGGCCAAUAUUCGACCUCGAGCUGCGGAGGACCAGGAUAACCUUCCACCCGAUCUGGAAGGCCAGGAACCCGAGGCGGCUUUAAUGAAAAUCUCAGACCAAGAUGUCGAUGGGUACAAGGAGCAAGAUGUGAGUCGCAUGCCACCAAUUGGCCUCGGUUUGUGGGACGAGCUCCCGGGGCAACCCACUCUGGCACCCCACUGCGCGACUCACCCGUUUCGGGUCCCAGCCGAUCCCCGAGCCGGAUCCUCCUUUUUGUGACUUUAGUCGCUCACCUCCAUCAACUUCAUCCCGCAGCGCUUCCUCCCCAUCGCCAACGUCGCAAGGGUCAUGAAACGUGUCCUCCCAUCGUCGACCAAAGUCUCCAAGGAAUCCAAAGAGAUCGUACAAGAAUACACAUCCGAGUUCAUCUCAUUCAUCACCUCGGAAGCGGCUGAGCGAUGUAGUGCCGAAAAGAGGAAGACGAUCAAUGGCGAGGACCUCUUGUUCGCGAUGAACAGUUUGGGUUUCGAAAACUAUGCCGAAGUGAUGAAGAUCUACUUGAGCAAAUGGAGGGCGUUGAGCACCAGGGAGGACAAGAGGGGGAAGAGGAAAAAUAGCACGACCGGGGAUCCGUCGAACCAGAAUGGGAAUGGCGAUGUUAUAAGGGGAAGCAAGAGACGAAACAAAAAGGUGAGUGUGGGCAGGCGUGGUAAAAGAUCGGUGCUCGCGGCUGAGCCGGAAGUCGGCCCUGACCUGACGCAAUCAAAUCACAUCUCACAGGCAAGGACCGAGCAGGACGGGUCAGAAUCAACUUCGCGCUCCGAGGAUCAGCUAGAUGGCGACCAAGGUGACGACGACGACGAAGAGGAAGAGGAUGACGACGAGGAUCAAGAUGAGGACGAAGGCGAUGAAGAUGGGAGAAGAGUCUACGGCCUGUGA